AUCGCACGUGGCCGGCCGGCGCGGUGUGUGAUUUACAAACUGCGCAUGCUCAGAAGGAAUGGAAGACCUGAAAGCUGCAGUAGAAGAGCGUCUACAGAAUGGAGACUCUCAGUUGCUGCUGGUUGCCGUGGCGAGGAGCAUUGACUCUGGCCAGUCCCAAGCUGUUUCUUCACUGUUUCUGCAGCAUAGGGACGUGGUGAAGGCUCUGGGAUGGGACCUGCUCUCACUGCUCACCCCUCACCUACCUCCCAAUCUUCCACCGUCACCUUCCUCCCCCAUUUGGCAGCUUAUCACUCUCAUCUCAGAGACUUGUUCAGCUAAAGAGAUGUGUCUGGCUUUCCUGGAGCAGCUGGAGGCUGUCUCUCCCUCACCUCCUCUCUUCUUCCACCUCCUCACCCCUCUCCUGACUGUUCUGGUGAGACUGGGGGUGGGAGAUGGGAGGAGACACCUCUCUACUCUGAGGUCUGUGAGGUCACUGACUGCCAGAGUCUACCCCAGUCUGGAGGAGGAGGAGGAGGAGGAGGGAUUCUCUCCACUGACUGCAGCUAGACUAGUAGUGUCUCUGGUUGGGCCAUUCACAGCUCACAUUCAUCAUCAGUUUACCAGUCAAAUGGCUCCUCUGCAGACCUACUGGUCCCCACUGCAGAGAGAGACUGCAUGUCUGCUCCUGGUUCUCUUGGCUCAGCCUCUCGUCUCUCGUAACCUCUCCAGACACGGCUCUGAGGGCAGGACAACUGCAGAAACCAUCAUGUUGACAUUCCCCUGGUGGGCGUGGCCUGUUUUUGUGUACCUGGUGCUUGUGGAGGGGGUGGAGUCAAGUUAUCUCCCCUCCCCUCUCCAUCCUCACCAUCUCCUCCACACUUCUCUCACUCACACCCUCACACUCCUGCACAGACAAGAGAGACACUCUGUUCUAAAAGGACUGAGUCUGCUGGAGACUGUGGUAAAACGUGUGGAGACUGACUCUCUCCCACGACACCUCCUCAGCCACAGUCGCUACCUUGACACUGCCAAAAGUCUGGUAGAUAUAAUGGUCACUUGUCCUCACAAGACCCUGAGACAGAGGAGCCUGUCUCUAUUGCCCAGUCUGGUCCAGAGGUUUACCUCACCUGGCAGACAUACAAUGUACAGGUGUUUGUUGAGAGAAUGUGGGCAUGCUGGAGUACAAGGAAUGCUCAUUCACUGUCUCAAGAAUGAAGUGGACCGUGCCUUGCUCUCCGGAGAGGUCCUCCAUCCAUUCCUCGGUCCAGAGUUCAUUCCACUAGUGAUGGGAGGACUGAACUUCCUGAGGUUCCUGCUCAUUAGAGACAAGCCUGACUCCAACAUGACUGGAGUCUGGAGUCUGGUCGAUGAGGUGAGGUCAAAGUUCACCAGCCCGGUGCGUCUGUCUCUGGAGAGGAAUAAAGUCCACAUCAGAGGUGGUGGUGGAAAAGGAGGAGAAGGGCCUGAAGUGACUGUGGAGGUAGCGGGAGAGGAGGUCCCUGAAAUUAACCCCGAGGAGCAGGCCAGGAUGUUGCAGCUGGCAGAGCACCAACUGGACAUGCUGGAGUGUGUGCUAGUUAGGGUCGAGGAACUCCUGGAACAUAAGUCAUAAUUAUUUCCUAUUUGUGCGAAACACAGUUCAAUAUUGUUUUACAACACGUGACAUUUUGCGCAUGCGUGUUACAUGAUCCGUCAUUUUUCUCUCGCCUUCGCGUUGUUGCCCCUCUGUGUGUGUUUGGCGGUCGAGCAAGAGAAAGAGAAAGAGAUGGCAGACAACGACAUUGAUAACGCGGCGGAUCUGCUGGACUAUGACGAGGAGGAGAAUACCACUGAAGCGGCGGCUCAGAACGACGCGGGCGGGGCAGAGAACACCACUAAAAAGCAGGUGAAAGGGAGCUACGUUUCCAUCCACUCGUCCGGCUUUCGCGACUUCCUCCUCAAGCCGGAGCUGCUGAGGGCCAUCGUGGAUUGUGGCUUCGAGCAUCCUAGCGAAGUUCAAGACGAGUGCAUACCGCAGGCGAUCCUCGGGAUGGACGUGGUGUGCCAGGCCAAGAGCGGCAUGGGGAAGACGGCCGUGUUCGUCAUUGCCACUCUCCAGCAGCUGGAGCCUACUGAUGGACAAGUCAGCGUCAUCGUCAUGUGCCACACCAGGGAGCUGGCGUUCCAGAUCUACAAGAGUACGAGAGAUUCAGCAAAUACUUUGACAACAUCAAGACGUCGGUCUUCUUUGGAGGGAUCAGCAUCAAGAAGGACGAGGAGGUGAUGAAGACCAACUGCCCCCACAUCGUGGUGGGGACUCCGGGGAGGAUCCUGGCCCUGGUCCGCGACAAGACCCUCAAUCUCAAGCACAUUAAGCACUUCAUCCUCGAUGAGUGUGACAAGAUGCUGGAACAGCUCGACAUGCGUCGAGAUGUCCAGGAGGUGUUCAAGAUGACACCCCACGAGAAGCAAGUCAUGAUGUUUUCUGCCACUCUGCCCAAGGAGAUCCGACCCGUUGCCAAGAAGUUCAUGAAUAAUGUAUGAGCUGCAGAUGAGUUUGUUGGUUGCUGGCUGGGAGUUGUUUGCCGAUGAGAAAGUUGUGGUUAUGUCUCUCUGUGUGUGUGUGUGUGUGUGUCUGAGUUGGCCGCCUGGUGUUGUAUUUGGCAUCGGUUCAGUAGAGGCAGUCGCGGGUGUAUCUUGGUCUCGAAGAAGCUACGAGUCUGGGUUUGGUGGCAGUGCGCUUGUUGUGUGUGUUUGGUUGGAGUCUGUCUGUGUGUAGUUACCGCCCUCUCUGUGUGUUGUGUGGUGUUGUGUGGUGAGCUGAGGUUCAGCGGAGGUGCCAGCCGCACAAGCUGGGAUGGUGUCUGCCGUUUCUCUCUCCCUGCCACUGCAUGGACUGACGUACACCACUAGCCAGCCCCUCCCUCACUCUCCCUCUCUUUUUCUGUGUAAGUAUCUCCAACUCACCAGCAAGCCCUCCUUCCUCAGCCAAUGGAGGUCUAACGUCGACGACGACGAAACUCACUCUCCACGGACUCCAGCAGCACUACGUCAAGCUGCAGGACAAGGAGAAGAUAGGAAACUCUUCGACCUCAUGGAUGCUCUAGAAUUCAACCAGGUGAUCAUCUUUGUCAAGUCAGUGCGAGAGGUGUAUUGCUCUGUCUCAGCUGCUGGUGGAGCAGAACUUCCCAGCCAUCUGCAUCCACCGUGGAAUGCCCCAGGAGAGAGGUUGGCCAAGUACCAGGCGUUCAAGAGCUUCCAGAAGAGGAUAAUGGUCGCAACUGAUCUGUUUGGGCGUGGAAUGGACAUCGAGCGAGUGAAUAUUGUCAUCAACUAUGACAUGCCUGAGAGUUCUGACACCUACCUCCACAGGGUCUGUCUGUCUGUCACUAAUGGCACCACAUCAUCCGCACUCCUGUAGUGUGUAUGUACCUCUACAGGCUCUGAGCACUAGUAGUCACUUGUGCCACCAUUUUUCUUUCUUCCCUGAAACCUCUGAGUAUGGGACACGUUGGAGGACACUUGAGUGUCCCUAUCUUCAGAACCGUCCCGCACUAUUGUGUUAGUAUAGAGAACCAAAUGCCCUCUGUAGAAAGGUGUGCUUUUAUUAGAGCAUCCCGCACUAUUGUGUUAGUAUAGAGAACCAAAUGCCCUCUGUAGAAAGGUGUGCUUUUAUUAGAGCGUCCCGCACUAUUGUGUUAGUAUAGAGAACCAAGUGCCCUCUAUAGAAAGGUGUGCUUUUAUUAGAGUCCUUUUUCGGAGGUUUUUACAGUACAGGUAGCAGACUCUUUCAAAUUACAUACUGUGUUGCGCAGGUGGCCAGGGCUGGUAGGUUUGGGACGAAGGGUCUUUCGGUGACGUUCGUGUCAGACGAGACGGAUGCCAAGAUACUGAACUCAGUCCAGGACAGGUUUGAGGUGAACAUCACCGUCCUCCCGGCAGAAAUAGAUGUCUCCUCUUACAUUGAAGGGAUGUGAACACUCAAGAACUAAUCAAACUGAGCGUGCAUUAUAAUUUUGUCACACAUCUUACUCAAAAACUAAGCUGUUACUUGCUGAUACAAAACUUCUUUUCAUAUAACCCAAAAGACGG